GGAUAUUUUUCAUCCUUAAUUUAUCAUUUUUGGUUUUAUAAAGGUAUUCCUCUUCCUUCGAUUUACCCUUGUCACGUUGUUAUUAGUCACGUUUUGAACUGGUUUGGACUCUCAAGGUGGCUGAUGGAAAUGCGUCAACAAGGAGCGUCUCAAGAGCUUCGCGGCGAGUCAAUAACAUCCAAAAGCUUGGCUUAAGCGCGGCGCGCCGCCUCGAGCGUCUCCGCUCUACGGACGAGGAAACAAAACGGGGAAAAGGGAGGUCAUCGCCAUGAGCUUCAGCACCGAGGCGAGAGGGCAACCCAACACGGUCGGCUACAGGCUCUUUUUUAAAAACGCAGAGGGCCAAUACAUAUCUCCCUUCCACGACAUCCCCGUCUUUGCAGAUGAAGCCCAGAAUAUAUUUCACGCCGUGGUGGAGGUGCCCAGGUGGACCAACGCAAAGAUGGAGAUAGCCACCAAAGACGCUCUCAAUCCUCUGAAACAGGACGUCAAGAACGGCAAGCUGCGCUACGUGGCUAACGUGUUCCCGCACAAAGGCUACAUCUGGAAUUACGGAGCCAUCCCGCAGACAUGGGAGGACCCUCACCACCAGGACAGCGACACGGGUUGCUGCGGGGACAAUGACCCCAUUGACAUAUGCGACAUUGGGGACAAGGUGUGCGCCGCAGGGGAAGUGAUCAGAGUGAAGGUGCUGGGCACCCUGGCGCUCAUCGACGAGGGCGAAACCGAUUGGAAGGUCGUCGUCAUCAAUGCGGAUGACCCAGAGGCCGCGCUCUUUAACGACAUUGACGACGUGGCACGACUCAAGCCGGGCUACCUGGAGGCAACGCUGGACUGGUUCAAGCGAUAUAAAGUCCCCGACGGGAAAGCCGAAAAUCAAUUUGCCUUUAGCGGACACUUCAAGGGCAGGGACUUUGCCAUCGAGACGGUGAAGAGCACCCACCAGUUCUGGAAAGCCCUGAUCGCUCAGAAGACUGAUGCCGGCGAGUUAAACUGCAUGAACACAAGCGUCUCCGAGAGUCCAUUUUGUUGCUCGGCCGAAGAUGCCGCCGCCGUGGUUGAUUCAGCUGGUCCUUUUGGAGCUGCGGAACCCAUCCCCACUUCUGUUGACAAAUGGUUCUACUACGAGAAGUAAGGAUGGCGUGGGGGGGGACAUCAAUCUACAUUUUAUGGACAUUUCAUGCUUGUCCACAAAAAAAAUAUAAAAUGACACUAAAUCACA